GACACCGCUUCCUGGUGUGGACUAAGAGUGAUGGGCUGAUGAGGGAGCGGAGGUAGAGCUGCUGCAGUCGGUGCGAUCUCUUGGUCUGAUUCGGGAGUCUGCGGAAAGAGCGACCAGAAGAAACACAGCAUUCAGUUAGAGGAAUGUCAGACGUAAACAAAUCUGCAGAUAAUGGCGACUCAUUCUCCUCAAAGGUCAUCAACGUUGUGUUUAUCAUCCUGCUGCUGGAUCUGCUGGGAUUCACACUGAUUCUACCUCUGCUGCCUUCCAUUUUGGACCAUUAUGCACAAACAGGGGAUGUUGUAUAUCAGUCUCUGCAGAGUGUCGUGGACUGGUUCAGGGAGGCUGUUGGGAUUCCUAUGGAAAAGAAAUAUAACAGUGUCCUGUUUGGAGGUCUGAUUGGGUCACUGUUUUCACUGCUGCAGUUCCUGUCAUCACCUGUAACCGGUGCUCUGUCAGAUCACUAUGGCAGACGCCCCCUGCUCAUUCUUACCACCUUAGGGCUGAUGUCCUCCUAUGCAGUGUGGGCAGUUUCCCGGAGCUUCAGCAUGUUCCUUUUGUUUCGGGUAAUUGGGGGCAUUUGUAAGGGCAACGUCAGCCUCUGCACUGCCAUCGUGGCCGACUUGCCUUGCCCGAAAGCACGAAACCGAGGAAUGGCUAUGAUCGGCAUCGCCUUCUCCUCGGGCUUCACUGUAGGGCCUCUGAUGGGUGCCUACUUUGCUGUCAGCUCCAGAACAACAGGAAAUGUCUUCUACCAAACUCCAGCUCUGCUCGCCUUGGCCUUCAGCGCUGCUGAUUUGCUUUGUAUUUGGCUCAUGCUGCCAGAGACGCUCACUAAGGAAGUCAAGGCUUCGUCUUCAGGGUUUGGGGACUCCGGAGACCUCCUGAACCCGUUAUCUUUGUUCCAUUUCUCAGCUGUUACCAGGACAAAAGAUCCCCCGUCAAAAGAAAGAAUGCAGAAGCUUCAGCUGUUGGGCCUGGUUUAUUUCUGCUACCUCUUCCUGUUCUCUGGUCUGGAGUUCACACUGAGUUUUCUGACUCACCAACGAUUUCACUUCACAAGUAUGCAACAGGGAAAGAUGUUCUUCUUCAUUGGUGUCAUCAUGGCGUUGAUCCAGGGGGGAUAUGCUCGCAGAAUCAAACCAGGGCACCAUAUCAAGGCUGUUCGUAUGGCAAUCUUAACAUUAAUCCCAGCAUUUAUUCUCAUCGGGUUAUCGUGGAAUAUAACGAUGCUUUACAUCGGCUUGGCGUUAUACUCCUUUGCGGCUGCAAUAGUAGUUCCGUGCUUGUCAACACUUGUUUCUGACCAUGGCUCCGCCAAUCAGAAAGGUACAGUGAUGGGGAUCCUGCGUAGUUUGGGAGCCUUGGCCAGAGCACUGGGACCAGUUGUAUCAUCCUCUGUUUACUGGAUAGCUGGAGCACAGAUCUGUUUUCUCAUCACAUCAGCCUCUUUCAUUGUACCCCUGGCUCUCUUGAGCACAGCCAGGAGGCUGAAGGAGGAGUGAGCAGUACAAGGACUUGAACAGACUUAAAAAGGAGACUGCAGAGACAUUGUAGAGAUUUUUCUACCUAAAUGAAUGUUAUGAUGUUUACAUCUGCUGGUAGAGCAAGCACUGAAUUAUUAUUUUUGCCACAUGCAACAAUCAUGAGAACAUGAAGAGAUGAAGGUGCUGCUGGCUAAGAAUCAUCACAUGAAGCUAAUUAAUGCAAGGGGACGAUGAACAUGCCAAAACCAAAGGGGGGUUAAUGGGAGAGAUGGGGUAAAUAAAUGUACCUAAUGCCUAAUGUGUAGAUGUAAACCUAUGCAUAUUAUGGACUACAUGGGUCAGGAUGGGAUUCAAAUUACAUUUAUGUUUGUGGAACAUAGAUUGUAUAAAAAAAAGUCUCAGUACUGCAACUUAAUUUAAGUGGUGAAAGGUGAUUAAGUACAACUUUGAGGUACUUUCCAUUUUAUGCUACUUCAUACUUUUACUACACUACAUACAAUGUAAUCCACAACAUACAAUGUAAUCGACAACAUGUGUUUUGUUUUGUUUUUUUUAACUUUUAAAAAACGUUUUUUAAAACUUUUUUAAAAUCUGUGAUCCAGCUGUAUAAUGAGGUGCAUUGUUAUAGAUUAAACUACCUAAUGUACACCUCAACAGCUUCAUUAAAAUACUGUUUAAUACAAAUAAAAGGGCAUAUUUUGCAUAAAGGA